AGACUAUUCUCCUCCCAUCUCUCUUCCCUUCCAUCCCAUCUGUGUCUAUCUCUAUUUGGAGCAGAUGUUGGGAUAGGACGGUAGGCUGAAUUCGGGGUGGAGGGGAGUGAUGUUAUGCCAGGAUUAAGUGUAUCUGAGGUGGGGAGGGGUGCUUGGAAAGCGAGAAGGGGCAGGGCCCCUUUGCCUACGUCCAGGAGCCAGCCUAUGACGUUGGUUAAAGAGAAAGGAAAAACAGCUGAGACAGAUCGAGCCUGAGACAGAGAUAGAGAGACGGGGAGAGCAAGAGAGAAAGGUACAUUUUCAGCACGCAUGAAGACAAUAAUCUCCCCUGGUUGGAGCCAGCCUCUUCCCAGAGUUUCCUGAACUGCUCACCUCCUCAGGUGAUCUGGAUAUUGAAAUCUCUUAGAGGCUGGGUAGUACAUUGCAAUUGACAUGAGGGUGGGCUUCAGGGCACUGGUGAAGGCCCCUGGCAUUUGGGGGCUACUGAGCUGGUGUUUCUUCUGUGACUGGGCCCUGGGUGGUCCCCGGGACCCUCGAUCUCUACCCCUCCUGGCUUCCCAAGGAAAACUAGGAGCUGUGCCCACUUGGGCACCUCCAGAAGGGGCAGAGGCAGCUUUGGCUUUCCUUUACUCUGGGGAUGCCCAGAAACUGGUUGGAGCCAACUGCAGUAGGCGUUAUGAGGCACAAGGAUCCGGGGGCAGCCUGGGACUCCCCCCAAUCCUGCAGGGAGCUGCAGGUACCUUGGCACAGGCAGCAAAUUUCCUCAACAUGUUGCUCCAGGCCAACGACAUCCGGGAGUCCAGCGUGGAGGAGGACAUAGAGUGGUACCAAGCAUUGGUACGAAGUGUGGCUGAGGGUGACCCGAAGGCAUACCGGGCAUCAUUGACUUUCAAUCCAGCUCCUGGUGCUACCUUGCCUCAGCUAGCACUUCGGGCCACCAGAAUAGGAGAGGAGACACUCUUGCAGGAUUUGUCAAUGGCCAGAGUGCAAGUAGCAAGACCAGCUGAUGUUGGAGUCACCAUGGGCCUAAGAAAACGAGUCCUGAGCAAUGAUCUGGGCAGCCUGGACAGCCCCAAAUGGCCACGGGGGGAUGGGUAUGUAGGUGACACAAGUCACGUUCGCCUCUCCCCCCCCUUUCUGGAGUGUCAGGGGGGUCGACUCCGACCUGGCUGGUUAAUUGAGCUUUCAACCACCUUCUAUGGGCUCAAGCCCGAUCUCAGUCCUGAGGUCAGGGGGUUGGUGCAGAUGGAUGUUGAGCUUCAAAAUGUGGACAUCAAUCAGUGUGCCAGUGGUCCUGGCUGGUUCUCCAAUACACACCAGUGUGACCUCAACAGCACCCAGUGUGUCCCAGUGGAGAGUCAUGGCUUCAUCCUUGGUCGAUACCUCUGUCGCUGCCGACCAGGCUUCUAUGGACCAAGUCUCCCCAUGGGGGCAGGUGAGAACGAUGCAGAGCCCACGGGACAGUACAAGGCUCUCCGAGGCAGUUCCAGUCGACUGCUUCGGUGCCAUCCAUGCCCAGAAGGCUGUGCCAGCUGUGUGGAUGCCACACCGUGCCUGGUGGAGGAGACACAGGUGCUCAGAGCAGCUGUGUUGGUUUGCCAAACCUGCUGCAUGUUGGCCGUCUUUCUCAGCAUGCUGAUUUCCUACCACUGCCGCAGGAGCAAGACGAUCCGAGCGUCCGGGGUCAUAUUACUGGAGACCAUUCUCUUUGGAUCUCUGCUGCUUUACUUCCCUGUCUUUAUCCUCUACUUCAAGCCAAGUGUAUUCCGAUGCAUUGUUCUUCGGUGGGUGCGUCUGCUUGGCUUCGUCAUUGUCUAUGGUACCAUCACCCUCAAGCUUUACAGAGUACUACAACUGUUCCUGUCUAGAACAGCCCAGCGGGUGCCCCACCUGAGCAGUGGCCGGCUGCUGAGGCGCCUUGGGCUUCUCUUGCUCCUGGUUCUGUGUUUCUUGGCAGCCUGGACAGCAGGCACUCUGGAAAGGGGAGCCCAGCACGCACCCCUGGUUAUUCGUGGUCACACUUCUACUGGCCGUCACUUUUAUCUCUGCCAUUAUGAUCGCUGGGACUACAUCAUGGUUGUGGCUGAGAUGCUCCUCCUCUGUUGGGGCAGUUUCCUCUGUUAUGCCACCCGAGCAGUGCCCUCCGCCUUUCAUGAGCCACGCUACAUGGGUAUUGCUCUACACAAUGAGCUUCUGGUCUCUGCUGCCUUCCAUGCAGCCAGGUUCAUCUUGGUCCCCUCCUUACACCCAGACUGGACCCUACUCCUCUUCUUUAUCCACACCCAUGGCACAGUCACGACGACUCUGGCUCUACUCUUUAUCCCCAAGUUCCUGAAUGCAGGGGUCCCUCCCAGGGAGGAGAUUGCCGCUGAGGUCUAUGAGGAUGAACUGGACCUGCAGAGAUCAGGCUCCUGCCUCAACAGCAGCAUUGCUUCUGCCUGGAGUGAAUGCAGCCUUGACCCUGGAGACAUUCGGGAUGAAUUAAAGAAGCUCUAUGCCCAGCUGGAGGUUCACAAAACCAAGAAGAUGGCAGUUAACAACCCACACCUGCCCAAGAAGAGAGGCAGCUCCCGACGGGGAUUGGGCCGCUCUUUUAUGAGGUGCCUGGCUGAGUUCCCUGAGGCUGUGGCCCGCCGGGACCCCAGCUCCCCAAGCAGGGGCAGCUUUCCUCGUUCCUCUCGGCGGCGGCUCCUCAGUUCUGGGGUCCAGACACCCGAGAAACCAUCACCAACUCUGCGCAAAUCUCACAGCACCUAUGACCACCGGAGAGAGCAGGACCCCCCACUCCUCGAUUCUCUUCUCAGGAGGAAGCUGGCAAAGAAGGCUUCUAGGGGAGGGAGCCGUGACUCCAUGGAAGUGCCUCCCCCACUUGGCUUCAGGUCAGCCAGUGCCCACAACCUGGCAGUGGGAGAGAGGCUACCUCGGGCACGGCCCGCCUCUCUGCAGAAAUCACUCAGCGUAGUAGCUGGCUCUAGGGAGAAGGCGCUGCUCUUGGCCAGCCAAGCCUACCUGGAAGAGAGCUACAGGUUGGCACUAGAGCGAGAGGAGAGGCGCAAGGCAGGGGCAGGGAGCCCAGCCAGGAGGCCAUCAGCCAGGCGACUAGAGCGGACUCGAGGAGAUUCCCUGUCACCUCCUCUAUCCCCUGCCAAGAGCAGCAGUGUUGACAGUUCCCAUGCUUCUGGGAAGCUUCAUGAGACAGGUGGGAGGUGGCCACCACCUUCACCUAUCAGGCAUCAAAUCUCCACACCCAGCCUGGCUUUAGGUGGGGCAUGCUUAGGAGAUUCACAGACACUGUCCCCCACUGCAACUUUGGCUCCAGCUCCAGUGCCUGCCCUGCCCCCAAUGCCAGCCCCAGCUCGAGAACCCAGCUUACUGACCUAUGUUUGCCCCUGGGAAAAUGCAGAACUGCCAGCUAGGGUAGAAAGUACAAGCCAGGAACCUGCUCCUGGGACAGGUAGAGGGGAUAGCCGUCCCCCUGCCAGAGCCCGGCUCUUAAGAGCCCUCUCUGUGGCAGUGGCCGUGGAGAAACGAGAGGCUACAGAAGGUGAGGGGACUGGAACAGAACAUCCAGAGGGAGAUGUUAAUGAGACUGAUGAUGAAAGGCACAGGAUCUUUCCCAAAUCCCAUAGCCUCAAGACUCCCAUUCAACAGGGUUCCAUGAGGAGCCUGGGACUGGCCAUCAAGGCUCUAACCCAGUCCCGGAGCAGCUACAAGGAGAAAGAAAAUGGGGUAAACAGUUCUGAAAAGGUAGGGAAGAGUAAGGCUUCUGAAGAGGGUGCUGGGUUGGCCACUAGAAUAGUGAGGGCAGGCCGGCCCAAACCCGUGAGCAAACAAGCGGCUUUGGCCCCUUGCGAUGAUGAGGAAUCAAUCCAGAACCAGCAGAACACUCACACCAGUAGAAUGCUGGCUGGCUGUCCCCAGGAGGGGAGCAAGGAACGAGAGGGCAAGCCUAGGGGGCCUUCCCAAGGCCCUGAGAAAGCAAAGUGGAAAGGGGUCGCCUCUCCAAGGCAGGCCAGACAGGAUCCUGUCAUCAAGGACAGAGAUGUUGAGGCAACUGAAAUAACCUCUGGACGAGAACGGGAACUGAGGAGAUAUGAGGAUGCCGUUAGAGCUUGUCCUCAGCUGUCAGACAGCAGAGACAGCAGGACAGCUGAAGUAUGUCCAUGGGAGGCACCUGAGCUAGGAGGUGGUAAACCAGACAGCCUAAGGGCAGAGGCCUCACCAUGGCACAUGAAUAAAGGAACUUUUGGACAAGAUCAAGAACAGAGAUCCCAGGAGGAGAAGAGGAAAAGCCCUGAAAAGUCGGGACCCAAAGGAAUGAAAGUCACUGAUAAGAAAAAACCUGAGCAGCAGCUGCAGGAUCGAGAGGCACUCUGUCCUUGGGAAAGCACGGAGCAAGGAGGCUCUGCACCCCAACUAGGUCGUCAGCACACUGACCAAGUCAAGGAUGGUCACCAGUUACUGGGCAGCAUAGGGAGAAGAGCAGCAGAGGUAUGUCCAUGGGAAGUGACUGAGGUGGAAGCUUAUAAACAAGACAGCACCAAGGCAGAGCUCUGUCCCUGGGAGGUCAGUGAUGGAACAAGAGAGAAAGAAAAGUUGUCACAGGAGGUAGCCAGGCCCUCCCUGGAAGAAAGAGAGACCUUCAGGAAAGCAAAACUUUGGAAAGAUGAAAGAAAAUUGGGUCAAGAAUGGGAAUCUCUCUGCCCAUGGGAGAGUACAGAUUUUAGGGGUCCCUCAGCCAGCCCAACUCUGACCUCUGAGAGUGUGGGAAACAAGGUCGCUGAAGUGUGUCCAUGGGAAAUGGAAGAGGAUUUGUCUAGCAGGAAAGCUGAGGUGUGUCCCUGGGAGAUGAACCAAACAGCUGGCAAAGGGACACCAGGCCAGGAGGCAGCUAGAGAAUUGCUACAGGAAAAGGAAAAAGUCUCUGGAAAAGAGAGCUACGGAGAGACUGGGGAUUCUACCUGGAAAGAUGCUGAGAAACGAGAGAGAGAGGCAGCCUGUCCUUGGGAAGGCGCAGACCCAGAGGCCCUUUCUCUACAGUCAGACCCUGCUAAAGUGCCUGGCCUUAUGGGAAGAAGGACAGCAGAGGUCUGUCCAUGGGAAGCCCUUGAGCCAAGUAUAAGUAAGACAGGGGCUGCCACAGAGAAAAUCCAUCCCUUGGACAUGGGUGAAGGCAAAGCAGAGAAAAGGGCACUGGGACAGGAUGAAGGGGAAUGCCAGGAGAACAAGGGGGAACCCAAAGAAUCAACUGCUCUAGCGUCAAAAACGUUAGAUAAGCUGACUGCGCUGCAGGAAGCGGUCUGCCCCUGGGAGCUACAUUCCCUCCAGACAGACCCUCAGAAAACAGGCCAACCUACGGCCAGGUCCCAGGAAGCGGGUGGCAGGGCAGCUGAGGUCUGUCCGUGGGAAGUGCAGACUCUGUCUCCUGACACAGAAGAUACUGCCUGGAAGCCAACAGACGGAGGAGAGAAAAGCACUCUGGAAAUCAAGGGAGCCAAGGCUUCCCAUGGGGAUCCAGAAAAAGGGUCCAGAAAAUCAGAACCCAAAGAAGCGGCUGUCCCUGCUCAGGAAAAGACAGAAAGGCUAAUCCCAGACAGGGAGGCAACUUGUCCCUGGGAAAGCUCUGACCCACAAAUAGACAGUCAAGCCACUGGUCAAAUCAAAGCUGGUUUUCAGGUAUUAAGCACUAUGGGGACUAGAACAGCUGAUGUGUGUCCAUGGGAGGUGGAGACAGUAUCGUCCAGUGCAAAGGCAGAGAUCUGUCCUUGGGAGGUAAACAAAGAAGACACUGAGAAAAGGGAAUUGGGACAGGAAAGAGCUGGGCAAUCCAAGGAGGAAAGGGGGAAAACUGCAGAAAAGGGAAGCUCUGCGGAGCUAGGAGGGAAAGCAUCAAAACAAGUAACAAAACUGAGUCAAGAGCAGGAAGCUGUUUGUCCUUGGGAUGAUAGCACACACUUGAGGACUCACUCAGCUCAGGCCCCAGUGACCUCACAGUCAUCUGACAGCAAAGUAGCUGAGGUAUGUCCUUGGGAAGUGGAACAGGAUGCAUCUAACAAGAAAGCAGAGAUCUGUCCCUGGGAAGUAAGUGACAAAACAACAGAGAAAGGGAGAUUGGGACAGGAAAUAGAUGAAGAAUACUUAAAGAAAGACCAGGCAACCCUGGAGAAAGGGAUGUCUGCAAAGACUCAACAUCACACUACUAGAGAAGAAAUCAGUGAAGCGAGGGAGUCCAUCUGUCCAUGGGAGGAUUUGGAUUCAGGGGGUCCAUCCAUCCAAGCAGAUACUCAGGGCACUGUCAGCUCCCAAGUACUUGGCAGUGUUGGGGGUAGGGUGACUCAGGUGUGUCCAUGGGAAGCCACAGAGCCACAAGUUGAUGCACCAGAAAGCAACAUGGCAGAAAUCUGUCCUUGGGAAGUGAGUGAAGGACCAACAGAGAAAGUGACAGAGAGGCAAGAUCAGAACAGAGAAUCUCAAGAGGAAAAAAGAAAACCCUCUAAAAGAUCAGACACCCAAGCUGUGACUGUCAGUACACAUAAAAAACAAGGGAGGCUAAUCCGACAGCAAGAGACAGUCUAUCUGUGGGAGAGCACAGACCUGGGGGAUGCCCCCUCCCAACCAGAUUCUCAUGACACUGCUGGACCCAAAGCUGGUUCCCAGGCAAAAGAAGGUAUGAAAGGCAAGAUGAGUUCAAGCAAAGCAGAGGAUCCUCAACCCACUGGGAAAGCAGAGGUCUGCCCCUGGGAGAUGAGCACAGCAGCAGCAGAGGAAGGGGGUUUGGCAGAGGGUACAGAUAUAGAGUCCCAAGUACAGAAGGGAGAAACACCUAGAAAAGAGAGCUACAGAGAGACUGAAGAACACAUUUCAGAAACAGAGAAACUUAGCCAAGAAGUCUGUCCUUGGGAGAGUACAGACACAGGGGGCCCUUUCCUUCAGCCAGACAAACCCAAAGUCAUUUGCCAGGGCAGUAUGGGGGGUAUAACAGCAGAGGUAUGCCCGUGGGAGAGCGUGGAACUAGAAGGAAAUAAACCGGAGGGUGUCCUGGAAGAAAUCUGUCCUUGGGAAGGGACAGGAGCCCUGCCUAGGAAACCUGCCCCUCAGGCUUCAGAAGAAACUCAAGCAGAAAUCCCCCUAACAGUCCAAGAGAAACCAUCUAGCCUUUCAGUCCACAGACCUCUGGGCUGUCUUCUUCCAGAAAGCAAAAUUUCUAUCCCUGAGGUCACUAUCACUUCUUUUGAAAGUGAUGGAGGACCCCAAAGUAUUCCAGAGGGCAAACCUGAGGCUGGUCCAACCCCAGAGAUCAGUAUUCAAGAAGUCAAAGGUCAACCAUCUAGGCUUUCAGUCCACACACCUCUGGGCUGUCUUCUUCAAGAAAGCAAAGUUUCUGUCCCUGAGGUCAGUGUCAGUUCUUUUGAAGGUGACAGAGGACCCCAUAAUGUUCCAGAGGGAAAGCCAGAGGCUGGCCUAAUCUCAGAGACCAGUAUCCAAGAAGUCAAAGAUCAGCAACAGUCUCCCCCCUCCACUGAGGGCCAAACUGGUGACUCCACCUCGUCAACUGUCUCUCCCUAA